AUGGGCCCCUGUACCGCCUCCUCAUGCUGCUGCCAGGCCCGUAAUCUGCCAUGGGCCCCCGUACCGACUCCUCAUGCUGCUGCCAGGCCCGUAAUCUGUCAUGGGCCCCUGUACCGCCUCCUCAUGCUGCUGCCAGGUCCAGAGUGUGUCAUGGGUCCCUGUACGGCCUCCCAUUGCUGCUGUCUCCAUCGCCACACUCUGCCAUGUGCCACUUUCAGGUCUCCUCACACUGCUGGUGGGUUCCAUUUUUUCAUAGGGUGCUGUAUGGCCUCCCAUUGCUGCUGCCUCCACCGCCACACUGUGGCUCCACACUCUGGUUUUGGCCCCGUGACUGCCCAAAUGAGUGAAGUGUGCAGUGAUUCUAAGAUCGACGGCACUCAUCUGCAUGUCAUACUGACUGACAGUAUUAUUUCUCUUCCCCAGCAGACUCCAAGGGCAUUUAAAUUAAAGGUACAGUGUUCUGCACUAAUAUAA